CACGUAAGUGGCGCUAUCUGGUGACUGAAAUUAUUAUUACGUUAGCUCCCAUUGGUGUAAUAUUUACUAGACUUACAUUUGGUAGAUUUUAGAAAAUAUAUGGUGCAACACUGAAACUGUCAAUGUCAUCUGUCAAAUGCACGCCGUGUUUAGCGCCGUGUGCUGUGUUGCUUUUGCUUUCUAGCUUAUUUGUUUUCUUGUUGUUUUUGCGUUUACCGAGCUCGGAAUACCUAGUUAUCUGCGUCAUUUUUAAUUUUAAUGUGCUUUUUAUAAUAAUAACGACACUGAACCAUACAAUGCAACAAGAAGAUAUUGAAAAGUUAUACUUUGUACCUUUCAAAGCUGUGCAAAAAGUGACAAAAUUCAUUAGAAACUCAACUAAAUGGGAGAAGGAAGCAUGUCACCGCAGCCUUCUCAAUCUCCAGGAUGCGCACAAUAAUUUCCACAAACACGAGCCAGGAUCUAAAUUGUUUAUGAAAAAUAUUUUUUUCAAAUGUGUGAGGUCUGCCAUAUAUUCUCAUAAUUGGGAUAAGCUCUUAUAUAUCCUUACAAAGAGUACCAUUAGGGAUAAUAGAAGAUGUCUGUAUAGUGAAGAAACUAAUUCUGAAAGGCUAAAAUUCUAUGUGAAGGCCUACACAAUAUUGUUGAUGAACCACCCGUAUGCCAGAACCCACCAUUUGCUGGAUGAUUACAUGCACAUGGUGCUGUCAUGCCGCACACAGGAGAGUAGGCAGGCCAUCAUGAAGGUGCUUGUGACGUUGACGGACACUCUCUAUUCUAAAGUAUUGGCCAAUAGGAGAAAGAGAUUGGAGAGAGAUAUGGAUGGACUGGUUGAACUUAUUUAAAAAUAUUACCAAUAGAGAUAUUUUUCAGCAAAGGGUAUCAUUUAAUUUUGAUCUAUAUAUCUGAGCUGCGACAGGAACAACCAAUUAAAAUAUAGAAUGAUGGGCAUUGGGCAUUAUGAUGUUAAUUAAUGCAAUGAACUGUUUGAUUGGAUGCAGUGGAAGGAUGUUACAAAAUACACAGCAGAAAUGAACAACAAGACAAUAUCAAUAGAUUUAUAGUCAAUUGUGUUAUUGUCAAUGUUAUAAUACAAUAAAGUGGGAUAACAAUU